AUGAACCCGCACACAACCCCACGGCCAUAUCCUGCGCGCUCAAUCGCAUCAAUCGCAGGGAACCCAAACCAGCAGCCGCAACAACAGCAUCAACCACAGACGCAGCAGCAUCAGCAGCUGCCGCCGGCGCGGCCGCAGCGGCAACCUCCAGCCCACCAAGCGUCCGCCAACGAAGAGUACGGGGUGAUCGCGGAUGAAGACCGAGACCACAUCGAUGAAGUGUUCGACUUGAUGGACAUGAAGAAAAAGGGAUGGCUCAACAGUUACGAGUUCAAACACUCCUUGGCCGCCCUUGGCUUCGAGCUGGCGAAACCAGACUACUUCAGGGAGCUCGAGACGUACGGCUCCGUACCGCCGGACUGGCAAGAUCCUCACAGCUGCCCCGUCAAUCGAUUAUACAUCUACCUCGACCCCUUCAGGCAGUGCGCCGCGAAGCUCAUCGCCGGCAGAGACCCCCGCGAGGAGGCUGCCAAGGUGUUCAACAUGUUCGACUACGACGGGGACGGCAUCAUCUCCUUCGACGACAUGCGACACUUGGCCCAAGACAUCAAAGACGACCGGCCAAUGUCGGAUGAAGAGAUUCAAAGCAUGAUCGAGCACCUCGACCAUGAGGGGAAAGGCGGCGUCAAUCUUGAUGAGUUCAUCCAGAUGAUGGAAGAGGCCGGGUAA